GGGCUUUGAUGCUCACCAUUUGCCACAAAUCCAGCUUCCUUUGAAGCACACCCGACGCGCUGGAUUCAAACAGCAGGAAGGCAAUAUGCAAAAGCAAACAUCUUUGCCUCCAGCUGUGGAUGUGCUGAUUGUGGGUGCUGGGCCGCAGGCUUUAGCUAUGGCCUCUAGGCUGAUGUUGGGCCCUGAAGCUAUGGCAGAUGUGAUCCCGCCACAGGAAAGCUAUGUUCGCAGACCCAAAGAUGUGCGAAGUCAUCUGAAAAAGCUCCGCAAAUCGAUGGACCGUUUCGCGGUCGUUGAUGAGAAUGGAAAAUGGAUGGAGAGAUGGCGGAACCAGUUCAAAGCCUUAGAGAUUUCCCAUUUGCGAUCGCAUGAAAUGAUGCACCCAGAUGCCUUUGACCAUUCAACGCUGUCGGUGUGGGCACAUGCAAACAAACGCAAUGAUUUCCUUUUUUUGGAGAAUUUGCCAAAGAAGCAGUCAUACCACGGCCCUUUCGUGUUGCCCUCUAGUCAGAUGAUGCUUGAUUUCUGCAAGAGUCUGGUGAAAUUGGGACGGCUGGAUGAUCAUUUGUGGCAUGCUCGGGCGGAGUCAAUGAGACCUAGUGGUUCGGGCAUGUGUGUGACCGUCAAGACUGCAAGUGGACGCAGUCAGGACAUCCAUGCGAAACGCGUCGUGGUUGCCAGGGGUCCCACCUGGCGGCGGCAGUGGCCGGGCUUCUACUACAACUUGGAUACAGCAGCUGUUGCUGCAAUCUAUCAUGCCUGGGAUCUUUUUGAUACACCUGCAGAGAUGAAGUCACUUCAUGGCAGAGGUCUCAUUGUGGGUGGAGGACUCACUUCUGCCCAUUUGUGCGCACAGCUGGCUCCACGUGGUCGGGUCGAUUUGCUGCUUCGGAGGGAUCGCCGAGUGAAGCAAUACGACCUGGGGCUACAUUGGAUGGGCACCGGGCGACGGGACUGUCGCCGAGAAUACGAGUCCUCUCCCCUGGAAAAACGGAUGGCCAUCCAGAAGGAGGUUCGCGAUGGUGGAUCAAUCACACCCGAACUCGAUGCAGUGAUCUCGGACCUGGAAACUAAGGGUCAAGUCCACCUUCAUGAAUGGACAGAAGUGGUGAGUGCAUCCUUUGAUCCAUCCACAAGUUCUUGGACAGUGGCACUGAACACUAAUGAAGUUCUUGAAGCAGAUUACCUGAUUUGUGCCACUGGUGCUUUGGUGGAUGUUGCCAGUGAUCCACUCCUUGGCACUUUGCAGGAGAUCCAUCCGUUGAAGCUGCAUGGAGGUUUGCCGGUUUUAAGUGAAAGCCUGCAGUGGGGCAGACUUCCGGUGCAUUUGAUGGGCAACUUGGCUGCCUUGGAGCUGGGCCCUGAUGCAGUGAACAUGGCCGGGGCUGCCAGAGGUGCCUUGAGGAUUUCCAAGGCCUUGGCAGUGGCCGGGCUGUUGGAAGGACCUCACAAGUCGGAAAACCAAGUUGGAAACAUGGGAAACCAAGAAAGUAGAGGAAGGACGGGAAAAAACGCAAAAACUGAAGGCCACGGAAAAGAGUACUGAGGCAUCGUGACAUAGCGUGGUAGUGCGGCGAAAUGUGGCAUGGUGGGAUUUCAUGUCCCAAACUGUGAGGGGUGAAGCAGAAUUCAAGAUCUUCCAGCUAUGGCUUGAGACCCUUCCUCUCAAAGGAACCUCUUCGAAGAUCAGUGCUAAACAAGGUGGGUGUGCAUCGGUGUCCAUCCACAAAUCUUCGGUAUGGGUCCAUGUUGGUUGGACAACGCUCGAAACUACGAAGGAAAUCGAAGGAAGGGUCUUGAAAGCUCGCUGCGUUUUGUAUCGUUUUGUAUAGAUUGCUGGCAGUUGGGACGGACCUCGUUCUCCACGAUUUCCAUCUGCCAGUGGCAUCCAAUUGGAUCCAAUUGGCAAAUGUACAGAACCGGGGCCUCGGACCGCUGUAGCACUGUAGGCCUCCGGUUGCUCAGCAUCCAAUCCAUCCCGUGCCAGCAAAGCUGAACAUGGGACCUGAGGGGAAAAUCAUCAACCGAUCGCAUUUCGUACAAGAAAUGUAUGGAGCUUGGCUCCCAAACGAAAAGACUGAGAAACAGGAGAAAAGAUGAGAAAAGUAUCAAAAA